UUUGUAACGUAACAAAGUGAUGGAUUUCAGACCUCUCAAUUUUACUAAUAAUAUGUAACACAAACAGUAGAAAUAUCAGAACAGGUUAGGGUCUUUGUGACCAGUUAUAGCGUCCACAAUGGCUGGGAAUUUCUGGCAGAGUUCACAUUAUCAGCAGUGGAUAUUGGAUAGGCAGGAUCUGACCAGGGAGAGACAGAUUGACCUGAAGGUGCUGACAGAAGAAGAGUAUCAAAAGUUGAUGAUAUUUUAUGCCAAUUUAAUCCAGUCUUUAGGAGAACAGCUGAAAGUAAGACAGCAAGUGAUCGCCACAGCUACCGUGUAUUUUAAAAGAUUUUAUGCCAGAAAUUCCCUGCGCUGUAUAGACCCACUCCUCAUGGCGCCUACCUGUAUAUUUUUGGCUUCCAAAGUUGAGGAAUUUGGAGUAAUUUCAAACAGCAGGCUAAUAUCCACAUUCCAGACAGUUUUGAAGACCAAGUUCCAACAUGCUUUUCAACAAGAGUUCCCAUAUAGAGUGAACCAUGUCCAUGAAUGUGAAUUUUUCCUUCUUGAAAUGAUGGAUUGCUCCUUGGUGCUGUACCACCCUUAUAGACCACUAACUCAGUACAUAGCUGACUUGGGCCAGGAAGAACUACUUCCAUUGUCAUGGAGGAUUAUCAACGACAGUCUGAGAACAGAUGUCUGCCUUCUGUAUCCCCCCUACCUCAUAGCUUUAGCCUGCCUCCACAUGGCGUGUGUUAUUCAGGGAAAAGAUUGUAAGACCUGGUUUGCUGAACUGUCCGUGGAUAUGGAUAAGAUCCUAGAGAUCACACGUCACAUCCUGGCGUUGUAUGAUCUGUGUAAGAGUUUUGACGAGAAGAAAGAGAUCAGCACACUGCUGAACAGAAUGCCCAAACCAAAGACCAGUCCAUCUCGACCCCCGUCUCAGGGUCCCAACGGCGACGGACAGGAAAGCCAGUCACGACAGUGAGGAGUCAUUUGAAGGCAUAAAGUGUGCGCUAGCGCUUUAUAUUGGGGGACAGUCUUGGAGAUGUCUGCUUUCUUUGUCGUCACCAUGGUAUAGCAUGUCUUUCUGUUGGCAAAUUUCAUGUUUAUAAGUCCGUUUUUGAGUUCAUAAUUGCCGAUAUUGUUUACUGUCACAUGUGAAAUUUGCCUGUCUCCAUCUGCAUUACAAGAGUGACUCGGAAAUUAGAAAUUGAGAACUCAGAGACUGAUUUAUAAAUUGUGAUUUCAUUAACGGUUUUGGAGAUGGUAUACCUAGGCGCCAUCCAAGAAGGACGAAAUUACCAGGAAAAUUGAAGUCUAACGUCAGUAUCAGCAGAAAAGUUGACAUUUCGAUAACAUGGGUCAGGCUUUAUGAACACAUUAUUGGGAAAGACGGACCAAUAACUGUCAAUACAAGUACGGUCAGCACAGGAUAAAAUAAAGAUCUGUAUUUACGCAGCAGAGAAAAUGGAAGAAAGUGAGAAGUCGAGAAAGCAAAAGGUCCAGUAUCGGAAAAAAUAUCAUGUGUGCAAUGAGGACUUGUAUGUAGAAAUGAUGCAUUUGCAAAGCUGAAAAGAGAAAAGAAAGAGUGAAAUGAAAUAAUGAUCAUAAAUGAGUUAAUUUACUACUGGGCAUCCAUGAUAAUAAUGACCAAAACUCUUAGUUACCGUGUUGAUGGAUGACCAAGUGGUUAUCUCGGGAUCCCCGGUAAAUCUUGAAAAAAAAUAUGUAAUGAAGCAAAGAAAGUUGAAAUAAAGCAGGUUUGUUUUUA